AUGGAGAAGCGGGAAAGCUCCGAAACAGAAGUUGCUAUUGGCAGCGAUACCAAUGAGCCUCAUUACAAGCCUAUCAACAAAUCCAUAAAGGAACCUUCAUACGCCACGAAAGACGACCAAGGCUCGACGACUGGGGAUAGUUCAAACCUACAGCCAACUCACACGAACGCUUCUGAAGAUGGGUGGGAAUACGUUACCGGGACGAAGCUAUACCUAGUGAUUGGAAUGGUGACACUAGCAUGUUUUAUCAUGUUGCUAGAUACGUCGAUUGUUGCAACUGCUAUUCCGAGCAUCACGAGUGAUUUCCAUUCUCUCGGUGAUGUCGGAUGGUAUGGAAGCAGCUAUCUAAUAUGCAGCUGUGCAUUACAGCCUUUGUCAGGAAAGAUAUAUAGUAGAUUCAGCUCAAAGUGGGUUUUUAUGUUUUUUCUCUUCGUUUUCGAAUUAGGGUCCAUGAUCACUGCCCUCGCUACCUCAUCAAAUAUGUUGAUCGUUGGGCGAGCAGUUGCGGGAAUGGGUGGCUCUGGUUUAGUUAAUGGAGCGCUCACAAUCAUUGCAGCUUGUGUACCCUUACAUAAGAGAGCCGCUUAUCUUGGAUUUAUGAUGUCUUUUGGUCAAAUCGGUAUCUUAGUUGGACCCCUAAUUGGAGGAGCAUUGACUCAGUAUACAACUUGGCGAUGGUGCUUCUGGAUAAACCUCCCAGCAGGUGGAGUUACUGCCUUAAUCCUCUUCUUCAUCCAUAUCCCGAGUCGGAUCGAGAAAAUACCGUUCAGAAACAACAUCAAGGCUACUUUAGUCUCUCUCGAUCUCCCAGGCUUCUUCCUCUUCGCACCCACCGCCAUCAUGCUGCUCUUUGCACUUCAAUGGGGCGGUAUCAAAUACGCCUGGGGUAGUGCUACCAUCAUCGGACUCUUUUGCGGAUCUGCUGGCAAUUUUGCGGUAUUCUUGGCCUGGGAGUACAAGAAGGGUGAUGAUGCGAUGAUUCCAUUCUCGAUGAUCAAGAUACGUAUUGUAUGGUGCAGCUGCUUCAUCAUGUUGUUCUUCUUCGGGACACAAAUCAUCACGUCCUACUACCUCGCCUUGUACUUCCAAGCUGUCCGGGGCGUGACUCCAACGCUUAGCGGUGUUUACUUGCUACCAACUAUUUUGAGUCAGAUGCUAUUAGCUAUUAUAUCUGGAGUCUUGGUCGGCCGCCUUGGGUACUAUAUGCCUUGGGCUAUAGCCAGUGCAGUCUUGUCGGCAAUUGGCUCCGGUCUACUAUCUACCUAUACGCCUACCACAUCAACAGGAACCUGGAUCGGGUUUCAAAUCAUUGGUGCCGUCGGUCGAGGCUGCGGAAUGCAAAUGCCCGUCAUCGCCGUUCAAAACGCGACCCCCUCGAAACAAACCUCAAUCGCCAUGUCUAUCGUAGCAUUCUGCCAAACUCUCGGUGGUGCCAUGUUCCUCUCCUUUGCGCAAACUGGUUUCAACACUGGUCUCAAAGAUGCCCUCCACCAAUACGCACCCGAAGUCAGCUCGCAAGCCGUUGCUGCCGCCGGUGCUACAGGAUUUCGGCAUAUAAUUCCUGAGGCCUCCGUACCUGGCGUCAUUCACGCCUAUAGCCAGGCUAUCAACCAUGUAUUUUAUAUCGCGGCUGGCGCUGCUGCGGCUUCCUUUUUCGCUUCUUGGGGCAUCGGAUGGAAAAGUAUCAAGAAGGCGAAGACUGUCAAGCCAGAAGCCUAA